AUGAGAGGCUCAGGAAUUCGCAUGUUGCUCGGAGCAGCGCUCCCCCUUCUCCUACAGAAAUACGAAGUUAACACUCUGCAGCUGUAUGCCAGUGAUGUGAGUCCCAUCCCCGACUCGCUGAAGGGAUCACCCAAGUCAGCGUCACCCACCAACAAUGUAGCAUCACAGAGUAUCCCAAAUAUCAUGCUGGAUGGAAACACACAGUUUAGUGAAUCGCUGAAAGAUUUUUUAAAGGGUACUAAUUCUGGAGAAGGACCCAACGGAAAUAGUAACCUCUUCGAAGGGGAGUCCACCCUGGGAGAUGCGUUCGUGGAAGAAAACAAAGAAUUCAUAAGGAAGCAGAUGCUGUCGGACCUUUAUAGCAAGUUUAUCAUAGAUGUAGUAAACAACGGAACCGUUUCUUUUUUGGAUAAUCUAAGUUCCGAUAAGUCAAGCAACACGGAAUUUCAGGUUGAAAUGGAGGAGAGUUGCUCUCCCUUUUUUUGCGAGAAGGUGAUGAAGGCCAAGGAGGUGGACCCCUCCGUGGCCAAGGCGCCAGGAGUUAGCGCAGUUAGCGGCGUUAGCGCAGUUAGCGGUGGUAGCGCAGUUAGCGGUGGUAGCGGCAUGAGCACUGUCGACUCGGUCAACUCUGCGAGCGGCGUGGGCGAUGAGAAGGAGAUCAAGCUGCACGACGGAGGCGUGGACGGGCUGGUGAUGAACCUAGACGCCGUGAAAAACGCCGCGGAAGGCGCCGCGCAAGAAAGUGCAACCAGAAAUGGAGCUGACCAGGGUGACGUCGAAGGACUGUUCACUCGAACAGUGGAUGGGAACGAAGAAAAACAAAAGAUCAUCCUCACAGACGGAGACAACGUAUACGUGUUGGAAGAAAUAACUCAGGGAAAUAACUCUCCAUUUAGUGAAGAAGAAUUAAAUAAACAGAAAAUCGAACAAGAAAUAAAAAUGCAUGUACCUAGCGAGGUCAACCAACGAGACACAGAAAAAAACAAAGACCUACUAGAGGAAAUAAUAAACUCCUCAGAUUCCAUUUUAGAUGACAUAUCUGGUCCUGUGAAUAACAUACAAACGGAUUCAGAAAAAGGAAUUAGAGAACAUGACCUUACCAAAGAUGCAUCUAAUUCUACGGAGUCGAUGGAAUCAAACGAAAUAAAUAACAUUACUGGAGAUAUUUUUACGAUGAAUGAGGAAGAGCUCUCCAAGAAGAUACUGGAUGAUAUAAAAAUGAACAGCGAGGACAAGGUCGAGUGUUACACGUUAUCUAAUGAUGAAAAAAAAUGCAACAGUUAUAAAAAAUGCACCUAUGUUAAUAUUGACAAUAAGGACACGUGCUUUCUGGAUUACAAUUAUAUGCUGUUCCUAAAGAACAACAACUGUUCGUUGCAGCCCAAGUCGGCUCUCCUGUCCAUCUCGAAGGACCUGCUCAAGAACGAGAUUAUCAAUCGUCAAAUGUUCCAGCUUCUACGAAACAGCAACAACAACAACUUCAUCUGUGAUACCAUCACCUACUCCUUCCUGACCAACGUGGUGGAUAACACAAACUACGAGGAGAUUUUCUCCUGA